ACCGGGGGGGCGGAGCCACGGGGGGCGGUUCCAUGGGGAUGUGUGGAGAGGGCGGGACCGGCAGCGCCGGUGAGCGGCGGCAGGAUGAAUGAGGCGGAGGGCCUGCGGCAGCGCCGGCCGUUCCGCCCGCAGGUCAUCACCGAGGACAGCCCGGCGCAGGAGGCUAAGGAGGGCAGUACUUACAGCAGCAAGGUGUUCCGUGUUACCUUCUUGACUUUGGCUGCAUCUCUAACUGUGCCCCUGCUCGGAGUGACUGUUCUACUGGAUUGUCCUAUAGACCCUCAGCCUAUAAGUUUGAAGGAACCUCCCCUCCUGACGGGUGUGCUAGAGCCCAAUAUCAAGUUACGAAAAGCUGAGCGGUUAUGGGAAAAUCAGCUCGUCGGACCAGAGUCCAUUGUCAAUAUUGGCGAUGUGCUAUUUACUGGGACAGCUGAUGGGAAGAUUAUCAAAAUUGAAGAUGGGAAAAUACAAACAAUAGCCAGAAUUGGCCAUGGUCCUUGUGGAACCCGUGAAGAUGAGCCAACGUGUGGAAGACCACUUGGCAUCAGAGUGGGGCCAAAUAACACCCUUUUUGUGGCAGAUGCGUAUUAUGGACUCUAUGAAGUUAAUCCUGGUACAGGUGAAACAAAAAUGCUUGUGUCAACCAAAACACUAAUUGAAGGUCAGAAGUUGUCAUUUGUGAAUGAUCUUACAGUGACCCAGGAUGGGAGGAAAAUCUACUUCACUGACUCCAGUAGCAAAUGGCAAAGACGAGACUACUUAUUCUUGAUUAUGGAAGGCACAGAUGAUGGGCGCCUGCUUGAAUAUGACACAGUAACAAAAGAAGUGAAAGUCUUAAUGGUGGGGCUGCGGUUUCCCAAUGGUGUCCAGCUCUCUCCUGCGGAAGACUUUGUCCUGGUGCAGGAGACAACCAUGGCUAGAAUCAGGAGGUAUUAUGUGUCUGGGCUGAUGAAAGGUGGAGCAGAUAUGUUUGUUGAGAAUAUGCCUGGUCUUCCAGAUAAUAUCAGGUUAAGCAGCUCUGGAGGAUAUUGGGUAGCUAUGUCAGCUGUCCGGCCCAAUCCUGGAUUUUCUUUGUUGGAUUUCUUGUCUGAAAAACCAUGGAUUAAAAGGAUGAUAUUUAAGCUGCUGAGCCAGGAAACUGUGACAAAGUUUGUGCCAAAAUAUAGCCUUGUUGUUGAACUUAGUGAGACGGGAUCCUACAGAAGAAGCUUUCAUGAUCCCAAUGGAGUGACAGUAGCUUAUGUUAGCGAGGCACAUGAGCACAAUGGAUAUCUUUACCUGGGCUCCUUCCGGUCUCCGUUUAUUUGCAGACUUAAUCUUCAGCAUGUUUAACUGUCCAUCCAUGAUAAAGUGCCACCGUCCUGUAAUACUCCAGAGGUACGAAGGAAGCAUGUGCUUGAGGCAGUGUGUGACCAAGGACAAAAUGUGAAAGACAGUCUGUUAAUGUGCAGUAACACUGUUCUGUUGCCAUAGGAAAACAUACAGCUUGCUGUACCUGUCCUCUUCCUUGGUUUGACUGCUCUUGCUUUGGAGUUGGCAUGCAUAAUUAUUAAUAUCUGAGGAGUAUGGUGGGGCAUCUUCAUAUGGUUAUGUGCUCCUUAAAGAAAACCCAUUGCUUUUCCACACGCAGCCCUGCUUGGAGUCGUCUUAAACAGACAUCAUCUGUCACCUUUAAUGCAACUGUAUGUCUUCUUACACUGGAAGGAUUUGUAAUGUAUGGAAUUUAAUUGUAUAUGAUUUGGAUUGAAAAGGAUGUCUUGCAUGUGUUUAUUUCUGUUUUAGAACCUCCUGUUUAGGAGUGAUUACAUUGCGUGUUCUAAUGUCAUACCAUGGUGCUGUGGUAGAGGCAGCAACAUCCAGAACAUGCCUAGAAAUCUAGUUCUACCAUUGGGUUUCUUCAAUUCCAGCCUGUGUAAUCAACAUCAGACACUACAAUUAACUGUUAAUCAACAUGCGGAAUCAAAUUUGAUCAUUACGUAUGGACUUCUGUGUUUCUUUAUAGCGUUGUAGUCAGAUGAUGAAUGAAAGUUGCAUUUUCUAUGUUAUUAAAGACUAGUUCCAGCGGGUUUAAAAA